AUGAAUCGUACAGUUUUGGUGACUGGUUCAUCUCGAGGUAUCGGACGUGCAAUUGCUCUUCGUCUCGCAAAAGAUGGCUUCGAUGUCGCUGUUAAUGACAUCGAAAGUAACCAUUCCGAUCUGGAAAAAGUUCGACAAGAAAUCGAAACAAUGGGUCGAAAGUCAAUUGCGAUUAUCGCUGAUGUGUCCAAAAGUGAAAAAGUCGAAGAAAUGAUGGAAGAAGUUGUUGAAAAACUUGGAAGUCUCGAUGUAGUCAUUGCAAAUGCAGGAAUUUGUUAUGUCAAAUCAUUGUUGGAGAUAAGUGCAGACGAAUGGGAUGAAGUUUUUGCAGUUAAUAUGCGUGGCGUAUUUCUUUGUUAUCGCGAAGCAGCGAAAAUUAUGAUUAAACAAGGCAAAGGUGGAAAAAUCAUUGGUGCUUGUAGUACUGCUGGAUAUAGAGGAUAUCCAAUGAUUAGCCAUUAUUCAGCUACGAAAUGGGGUGUGAGAGGUUUAACACAAGCAGCUGCUCAAGAAUGGGCUCGGCAUAAUAUUACAGUUAAUGCAUAUUGUCCUGGACUUAUUGAUACACGAAUGACUCAAACAUGUAAUGAAGAAUUGGCUAAACUUCGCGGAUUAACAGUAGAGGAAAAUGCAUCAAAUUCUGCGAAAAACAUUCCAAUUGGUCGUACUGGGCAGCCUGAUGAUGUUUCAAAUGUUGUUUCGUUUCUUGCGAGUAAAGAUUCAGAUUAUAUUACAGGACAGAGUAUUUUAAUUAAUGGAGGUUUAUUUUUUUCAUAA